CGCCGCCCGAGCGCCCAGCCCAGCGCGCCCGGCCCAGCCCGCCGGGCUCCCUGCGCAUCCCCGCCGCGCGCCGCCUCCCGCCCCCGCCGACCGCCGGCGAUGCCGCGCGGGGCCGCCUGGGCGCUGCUGGUGGCCGCGGCCCUGGGGCUCGGGGCGCGCGGGGCGCGCGGCGCGGUGGCGCUCGCCGACUUCUACCCGUUCGGCCCGGAGCGCGGCGACGCCGUCACCCCCAAGCAGGACGACGGCGGCUCGGGGCUGCGGCCGCUCUCCGUGCCCUUCCCGUUCUUCGGCGCCAAGCACUCCGGCCUCUACGUGAACAACAACGGGAUCAUCUCCUUCCUGAAGGAGGUGUCGCAGUUCACACCGGCGGCCUUCCCCAUCGCCAGGGACCGCUGCGUGGUGGCAGCCUUCUGGGCGGACGUGGACAACCGGCGGGCCGGCGACGUGUUCUACCGGGAGGCCACCGACGGCGCCACGCUGCACAGGGCCACGCAGGACGUCCGGCGCUACUUCCCCGCGCUCCCGGGCUUCAACGCCACCUGGGCCUUCAUCGCCACCUGGUUCCGAGUGACCUUCUUCGGAGGCAGCGCCGCCUCCCCCGUCAACACGUUCCAGAUCGUCCUCAUCACCGACGGCAACGUCUCCUUCACCAUCUUCAACUACGAGUCCAUCGCCUGGACCACGGGCAUGCACGCCAGCAGUGGGGGCAACGCUGCUGGCCUGGGGGGCAUCGCGGCCCAGGCUGGCUUCAACGCAGGUGACGGGCAGCGCUACUUCAGCAUCCCCGGCUCGCGCACAGCAGACGUGGCCGAGGUGGAGACAACCACCAACGUGGGCGUGCCCGGGCGCUGGGCGUUCAGAAUCGAUGAUGCCCAGGUGCGCGUGGGGGGCUGCGGCCAUACAACCUCCGUGUGCCUGGCCCUGCGCCCCUGCCUCAACGGCGGCGAGUGCCUGGAGGACUGCGUCACGGGCAACCCCUCCUACACCUGCUCCUGCCUCGCGGGCUUCACGGGGCGGAGGUGCCAUCUGGACGUGGACGAAUGCGCUUCCCAGCCUUGCCGGAACGGCGGAGCCUGCACCCACGGCGUCAACAGCUUCAGCUGCCGGUGCCCGGCCGGCUUCGGGGGGCCCACCUGCGAGACAGUCCAGUCCCCAUGUGAUGCCAAAGAGUGUCAGCACGGCAGCCAGUGCCUGGUGGAAAAUGGCACCGCGGUGUGCGUGUGCCAGGCCGGGUACACGGGGGCCGCCUGCGAAACAGACGUGGACGAGUGUGGCUCCGGGCCGUGCCUGAACGGGGGCUCCUGUGUCGACCUGGUAGGGAAUUACACCUGCCUGUGUGCGGAGCCCUUCGAGGGACGUCACUGCGAGACAGGAAGCUCCCCCGAGCCCGACGCCUGCCUCUCGGCCCCGUGCCAGCACAGGGGCACCUGCGUGGACGCGGAGCAGGGCUACGUGUGCGAAUGCCCCGAAGGCUUUGCGGGCCGCGACUGCAGGGAGAGGCUCUCCAGCGACUGUGAGUGCCACAACGGAGGCCGGUGCCCGGGCGCCAACACCACCCUCUGCCAGUGCCCCCCCGGCUUCUUUGGGCUCCUCUGUGAAUUUGGUAGGUGGCAGGGCUGGGAGUGGGGUCCCCUGGCACCCCCUUGCCGGCGUGGAGAGGAGCACGCACGACAGUGUCCUCAGGUGCAGACCCUCGAGCCCCACUCCCACCCCAGGAGGGCAGCCCUGGAGGAGAGGGCCCCGGGAGGACACGAGGUCCCCAGAAGACACUGGGGGUGCGUGGGGCCUCCUUUUCCUGCAGAGGUCACGGCCAUGCCCUGCAACAUGAACACCCAGUGCCCCGACGGCGGCUACUGUAUGGAGUACGGGGGCAGCUACCUGUGCGUCUGCCACUCGGACCACAACGCCAGCCACUCGCUGCCGUCGCCCUGUGACUCGGACCCCUGCCUCAACGGGGGCUCCUGCGACGCGCACGAGGACUCCUACACGUGCGAGUGCCCGCGCGGCUUCCACGGCCGCCACUGCGAGAAAGUCAGGCCGCGCCUGUGCAGCUCCGGGCCCUGCCGGAACGGGGGCACCUGCAAGGAGGCGGCCGGCGACUACCACUGCAGCUGCCCCUACCGCUUCACCGGGCGGCACUGCGAGAUCGGCAAGCCAGACUCGUGCGCCUCGGGCCCCUGUCACAACGGCGGCACGUGCUUCCACUACAUCGGCAAAUACAAGUGUGACUGUCCCCCGGGCUUCUCCGGGCGGCACUGCGAGAUAGCCCCGUCCCCCUGCUCCCGGAGCCCGUGUCUGAACGGCGCCACCUGCGAGGACCUGGGCACAGAUUUCUCCUGCCGCUGCCCGACGGGGUACACGGGCCGCCGGUGCCAGGCAGCGGUGGACUGCGGCCCCCCGGAGCAGGUGAAACACGCCACGCUGCACUUCAACAGCACGCGGGUGGGCUCGGUGGUCCUGUACACAUGCAACCACGGCUACAGCUCAGGCGCCACCAGCCACGUCGGCGUCUGCCAGCCACACGGUGUCUGGAGUGAGCCACCCCAGUGCCUCGACAUCGACGAGUGCCGCUCGCAGCCGUGCCUGCACGGGGGCUCCUGCCAGGACGGCGUCGGGGGGUACCUGUGCCUCUGCAGCGCCGGGUACGAGGGCACCCGCUGCGAGUUCGACACCGACGAGUGCCGGGCGCAGCCCUGUGAGAACGGGGGCUCCUGCAGGGACCUCCCGGGGGGCUUCCUCUGCCACUGUCCUGCGGGCUUCGUUGGGGUCCGCUGUGAAACAGACGUGGGCGCCUGCGCCUCCAGCCCCUGCCAGCACGGAGGCGAGUGCGAGGACGGCGGCGGCGUGUACCUGUGCGUCUGCCCCGAGGGCUUUUUCGGCUUCCACUGCGAGACAGCGAGUGACCCCUGCUUCUCCAGCCCCUGUGGGGGCCGCGGCUACUGCCUGGCCAGCAACGGGUCCCACACCUGCACCUGCAAAGUGGGCUACACGGGCAAGAACUGCGCCAAAGAGCUCUCCCCCCCGACGGCCCUGAAGGUGGAGCAGGUGGAGGAGAGCGGGAUCUCCAUCUCCUGGCAGGCGCCUGCGGGCCGCGCGGCCCGGGAGCUCAUCGACGGCUACGCGGUCACCUACAGCGCCGGGGACGGCUCCUGGCGCCGCACGGACUUCGUGGACGGCGGCCGCGCCUCCCACCAGCUGCGCGCGCUGUCCGCCGGCCGCGCCUACAACAUCUCGGUGGUCUCGGUCAAGCGCAACGCCAACAACCACAACGACAUCAGCAGGCCCGCGGCGCUCCUGGCGCGCACCCGGCCACACCCUGCUGAGGGCCUUGAGGUCACCAACGUGACAUCCAGCACCGUUUCCGUGCGGUGGGCUCUGCAUCGGGUCCGCCAUGCCACGGUCAGCAAAGUCCGGGUGUCCAUCCACCGGCCAGAGGCCCACGAGGCCCAGGCCGCCGAGCUGGACAGGAGCGUGGACGGGUUCACGUUCGGGGCCCUGCUGCCGGGAAGGAGGUACUCCGUGCGGGUGGUCACCCUCAGCGGGCACGGAGGGGAGGAGCACACUGCGGAGAGCGUGCCGGCCGCACCGCUGCACGUGUGGACGCGGCCCCUGCCCCCAGCGAACCUGACGGCCUCCCGGGUCACGGCCACCUCCGCCCACGUGGUCUGGGAUGCCCCCGCCCCGGACAGCCCCCUGGAGGCCUACAUCAUCAACGUGACCACCAGCCAGAGCACCAAGAGCCGCUACGUCCCCAACGGGAAGCUGACGUCCUACACGGUGCGCGACCUGGCGCCCGGGCGGCGGUACCAGCUCUCGGUGACGGCCGUGCAGGGCACCGGGCACGGCCAGCUGCACAGCGAGCCCGCACAGCUGCACCUCGCCACCCCCCCAAGGGACAGCACCGAUGGACGCUGGCACCAGGGCGGGCACCACCCACGGGUGCUCAGAAACAAACCGGCCCCGGUGCGCCUGCCAGAGCUGCUCCUGCUAAAUGACCACGGCGCCCCUGAUGCACCGACCCAGCCCCCCAGCAGGUUCUCUGAGCUUGUGGACGGCAGAGCACGAGUAAGUGCCAGGUUCAGUGGCCUGCCCAGCAAAUCGCUCGUGGUGCGGUCAGAAGCCCCGGCCCUGGUGCAGCUCGAGGCCACCGAGGAGCCCCCCACGCAGGCCGGCCUGGCCCUCCAGCCCGCGGAAGGCAAUGAAAAGGAAAGCGCACGCGCCCCCGGGAGCUGUCCGGAAGGCCCCUGUCAGAACGGAGGCACCUGCGUGCCCGGCUCCGGCACCCCCCGCUGCGCCUGCAGCCCAGGCUUCAAGGGCCGACGCUGCGAGCUGGCCUGCAAAAAGGUGCCCCAUCCCUGCACGCGGCUGUUCUCCGAGACCAAGUCUGUUCCGGUCUGGGAAGGAGGCAUCUGCCACCAUGUGUAUAAAAGAGUCUACAGAGUUCACCAAGACAUCUGCUUCAAGGAGAGCUGUGAAAGCACAAGCAUCAAGAAGAGCCCAAACAGGAAACAGAGUAACAGUCAAACACUGAAGAAAUCCUAAGGAGACUCAAAGCAGACCCUGGAGCUGAGCAUUCCCAAAUCCUGAAAUAAAGUAAACUUUCAGACUUUAAUGUUGUUUAACCCAGCACCUGCCAAGCUCUUUCGGCUACAGAAGCUCCCAUCCUUCCUCUGCCUGCCCCACACGAACCCUGCUGAACCUCCCGGAACACAGGUGCUCUUCACAACAAUUUGGCUGAUAAAAGGUUAACCCAUGGACACCCUCCUCAGUCCACAGUCAGUCACCUGCCAGCUGAGACCUCUUCCUGCGUGUCCCUGCAGGGAGAGAGGAAACCGCAACAGGGCUUCUGGUCAGCCCGGGGCGGUCACGGGCCCGAUGCCCAGUCAGAAACGAGGGUGCUGGCGAGGAGAGGCAGACACCCUCAGUGGGCCGCGUCACAAACAGAGCCACAUGGCCUACGUGGCCAGGAAGUGAGGAGACCUUUAGGGAAGUCCAGGUGCCACCUCAGGAAGUUCCACACCCCACACCCGGCCGCGAGGCGAGGCCAGUGCCCCGGCAGGGGAGAGCGCUCCCUGGGAGCGAGCAGAGGGCCCCAGGCUCCCGCUGUCCAAGGGCAGAGUCCCCCUCCCACCCCCCAGGAAAACAAAACAAACACACUCGAAGGUGUGCAAGCAAUUUACUACCAGGACUAAGAACCCACACCUGUAAUGUAGGUACGAAUACACACUUGCAAUCACUCACCUGAAAAAAUAUAUAUAUAUUUUAAAACUUGUUCAGCAAAUUCAUUUCAAUAAAAACCAACCAAAACCCCAACUAAUUACCAAAUUAUCUCUCAGUAAAGAACACCCGAUCUUGGGGCCAUGGCGUGAAACACCCCGAAACACGAACGCACGGCGGAGGCUGGUGCCACCCGCCACCACAGGCCAGGCUCUCCCCGCACGCUGGCACCAGCCUCGGACCACCAUUUACUCCCAGAAAGGCACGCGCUCCCCCGACACAUACCCGAGGACACGAGAGUCAUUUCAACCCGGAGCAAGUGGGGCACUGCCCACCCUCAGAGAAAAGGCCUCGGGGGUCACAAAGUGGGGCGUGUGGAGAAGAACAGCUUCCAGCACUGAGCCCAGAAUCCUAGAGAUCUGGGGCACAGCCUUCGCCAGCAAGCCGCCCCCCACCCGCUACCCGAGCAAAGCUGACAGCGGGGAGGACACCGGGGCCCCCGAGGCCGCUGCCCGGGGACCACCAGGAGGCCAGGGAGAAGCAGCUUAAAUAGGGAGGGGUAGGACCAGCGUGCUCACACCCAUUUUGUUUUUUCUUCAAAGGAUUCAGGAUGUUUUUGUUAAACUCCAUCAACCUCAAGAGUUUCUAAAACCCUGGAAGAUGAGGUCUCAAGACUGGCUUGAAAAGGACACCCUGAGAGAGACACUCUCAGCUGGAGUCACACUCCCCCGGGGCCUCUCUUCUCGAUCAUCCGGAUGGUGGGGCCCUCAUGGGCCCCUGCCCGCUCCCUCAGGGCCAGACCACAGCCGCCAGCCUGAGUCUCUGCGGGGGAGAAGCGACGCAUGCACGGUGGCCCUGGACUCACCAGGCUGAGGGCCCACAACACGCCUGCAGGGUCGAGUCCCCUCCACACAGAGCCCAGCGGCAGAGAAACUGUCUCCUGAGCCCCAGCAAUCAAACUGAGGAGAUGCUACCACAGCUUCCAGAAGAGACAGUGGGGCUGGGGGGGUGGCGGGCAGAGCCAAGAUGACGCCAAAAGGAAAGCCCAGGCCCAGGCCCAGCCUCACGUGUCCUCCAGCAAGCAGACGAUUUGCACCAGUGUUGUGGUGCAUCAUACAGACCAUCACAUGGAGAGGGAUGUCUUGAAAGAAGACAUGUCAAUUAAUACUGGUAUGGACUUGGAUACUUUUAGCCUACAGCAGGGACAGGCAGACUUUCUGUAGAGUCAGAUAGUCAAUAUUUUUGGCUUUGUGAAUAGUGGCAAGAAGGAAGCCUUGGAUGACGUGUACUAGGGCGUAGCUGUGUUCUGAUAAAUCUUGAUUUGUAAAAAUGAGUGAUAGGGAGAUGUGGCCAGAGGGCCAGUUUGCUGAUCCCCAACCUGUGAGAUCGCAGACACAGCCACCCCUCAGAAAACAAGUCACCAUCAAGGCACCACAGACCCUAACUUCCAUGGAAACGGGCUACACAAAACGCUGCACAGAAAGGAGAACCGGCACCACCGAGUGCACCAUGGGUCCCCCUUACCAGUCCAACCGCUGUGAAGAUGCACAAUCUGAGUGGCUGGAUCAGGUGACGCCUGAGAUUUCUUCAGGUCCACGACUCGUCAUCCUGUUUGAGGCCAUCAGGCAGGAAACAACAUCUUGCACAGGCUCUGAUCCUCCCAAGCAGAACCCUGCAUCAUCUUCCUGCACUAGCCUUCCAGUAUGCUUUGAAGCAUCUCUAUCUUCUCCCUGAAAAUGAGGUUAAAACCAAGGACGCCAACCCUGCCUCAUGUCAUAACUGACCCGAACUGGACACGCAGUACCUGCUGUGCCUCCUGCCGCUCUGCCCAGAGGCUGCCCCACAGCCACAAAGGGCCUCUCUCAUCUUGUAUAAAAACAUUUUUGAAGGGUGAGAGCCUGUGCUAGGCUUUCUGUUUUUAUUAAAAUUUCGUGUGCAUAUGUCUGUGUAUUAUGCAAUUUGUCAUUUCCAGAAAGGACAGUCAUACUGUAAUCUGGAAGCUUUCACCAGUCCACAAAAACUCACAUGGAGAAGAAAGGCUUGAGCUCAGUAAAGGGGCUUGGGGGCAAACACACCCUCGCGCUGCUGACAGCUGUGGCGUGGGGCCCGCCACUGGGGUCUCCGGGAGCUACGGCGUUAUUAGUGAGCCCAAGAGCAGGCGGCAUCACUGGAAGAGUGGGUGAGACCUUCUACCACCGCGUGUGUAACCUCAGGCCCCUCAAGCAGGAGGCAGAUGUCAACUUGUUCAUUUUUAACUUACAAGACUCCUUCUUUAAGAAAAGGGCUACUGAAUUCUGAAUUUGGUGCUGCAUCAUAGAUUAAUCCAUUUUGAUGUUUUACAAAUUAAAAUAUCUAGCAAUAAGACUUCUGGAUCCUGAAGGAAUUACAACUCACUCUUAAAACAUUCCAGAUAACCCACCACUGCUUUUCCCACACGGCUUUUCCUUAAAACUUUGAUUUCUUCCUUGAAAAUAUUUAAAGUCCACCUAUAAUUUCCCAAGGAAAUAUUAAUAAAGGAAAUCAGAAAAUUGCCAAGGUAUGAAGAGUUAUUCUGUGCCAAAAUGCAAGGUGCAUUCUUGAGUUCCAAGGUUCCCAUUUGUUAAUCAACAGCUGGAUGAACGAUCAUCGGGUCAAGCAAUGAUCUAGGAUCUACCUCAGACCCAACUGGGCAGGAGCAAGCCCGGGGCUCCUGGAGAGUGGCCAUCACCCGACCCCACAAAAUGGAGGAGUAAAUUAAACAAACCUCCCUCUUCCCCGUCACAAGUGCGCUGCCAGGGGUGGGGUGAGGCCGGCUCACCUACGGUGCCUGGCGCUGACCCCCUGCAGCUGCCCGGGGCUGGGACUCCUUCCGCUUGCAGAGCCACCACUGACGACGACUGGGGAGGAGGAUUCACCGAGCUCCUCCUGUUCUUGCCCUCGCUGUGCAGUCCUGCUCUGGUGAGCCUGCUGGGGGGAGCAAACCCCCACCCCACUGCCGGAUCCCCCGAGAGACUGCACCUCAAAGCUAUCAAGUGCCCCAGUGCAAGGGCAGAGGAACCCUGCUCAAAAACUCGGCUACUGACUUUUCUUUAAAUAAAAUAAAGACAAUAAAUUUAAGUCCAUUUAAACUCUGAAGUUUUUGUGAAUGAGAGAGUCCAAUCACAUUUUACUGAACCACGCAGGCUUUGGAGCACUUUGCCAGCCUUGUCACUUGCUAUUUUCAGGGGGAUAAUUCUUUACCGUGGGGCUGUCCUGGGCACUGUGGGAUGCUCAGCAGCCUCCCUGGCCCCUGCUAUGAGACGCCAGCAGCCCCCGGGUCAUGACAUCCAAAAACGUCUCCAGGUGUCACCAGGUUCCCCUAGACACUGCCUUACGGGAUCCUUACACGGUCUACGUGGGCAAAACCAGGCCAGGCAUCGGGAGUUUCACAUGCAGAGGGGCUGCAGGUGACACCCAACUCAACAUCACGUCACCAAAAAUAUUUUUUUGCAGCAUCCAUCUUGUGCCCCAAUACUCCUGGGCCUCAUGAGCUCCACUGCCAGGGCCGGGCCUCUCCCUCGGAGCCUGCCCUGGCAGGGAUCGAGCUCCUCCCGCCGACCCACUGGGCCCCCAGGUGACUCUCUCACCUCGGGGAGCCAUGGAAAGCUCCCCGCGGUGCACUCCGGACUCUGGCCUGGCUCCAAAGCCCGGCUCUUGGCCCUGUGCAGUGCUCCUGCCCCCCUCAAGGUCAGAAGCCCCGUCUGCUAAAUGGGGGAAGGCGACUGGGCAGAGCACCCUGGGAUCCUCCCUGCCCAGCCUCCUCCAGGCCGGCACCGGGGUUGCGCUUCCCCAGGGCCUGGAGCCGGAGCAAGCGAACUUCCCGAGAGGCCAAGCAGGGAGGGCCUGUUCUUCACUCAAUGGUGCCAACAAGCCCCAAGACAGAGGCAAACACCCCAAACUGCUGCUGGCAUGAAGAAGCUGCGCAAAAUUAAACCAGACGUCACUGAUUCCCUUUACUCUGCUGUACAGUGAAUGCAAUUACAAAGCGGUAAAACAUUUUUGGAUUAAAAACAUGAGUAUUUUUGUGGAAAACCUGCUAUUGUUUUCAGAAAAUAAAGAGCUAUGACGUGCUAAAACCUCAA